CGGGUGACAUCUGUAAGAUGUAUCGCUGCGUACGAGUUUUGGAGCCUGACAAGUACUUACAAUGUAUUUUGUGGCGGGAUGACCCUGAAGGAGAUCUAAAGGUAUACACGCUAGACACAGUCACGUAUGGUACCAGGCCUGCUGCAUUUCUAGCGACUCGACCCAUGCAUCAAUUGGCAAUAGAUGAAGAAGCAGAUUUUCCUCUUGGCUUGCUUAUCGGGCGUAGAAACUUUUAUGUCGACGACCUCAUCACUGGUGUAGACUCCGUGGAAGAAGUCGUGGAAAUUCAGCGUCAGACAGCACAGUUGCUGCGGAGAGGUAAUUUUCUACUUCGAAAAUGGUGCUCUGAUGCUCCUGAAGCUCUCGUCGCAGUACCUGAUUCUGAUUGUGAGCCACUUUUGCAGUUUCACGAUGGUACGCAUGUUACAAAAACUCUUGGCUUAGUCUGGGAUCCUAAAACAGACAACUUCAUAUUUUCGUUCGCACUCGCUCGCCUGAGAAAUAACAAUCACGUAACUAAGCGUAUCGCAUUGUCCAUAAUUUCUGGAUUUUACGAUCCAUUAGGACUCAUCGCUCCAGUUAUAACUCAGGCAAAAAUCUUCAUUCAAACCAUGUGGAAACAACAUAUACAUUGGGAUGAAAGUUUACCACAGCACUUACAUACAGUUUGGACUCAAUUCUGUGCUGAACUGGAAUUGAGCUCCAUGGAUUUUGCUAUGCUAGUUUAGCCGCUUAUGGUGCAUGCGUGUAUGCACGAGCCCAGCAUAAUGACGUAGUUAAGACUCACUU